GAGCUUUUUUUAACAGCCGCCGAAUCGGUUUGUGAUUUUCUCGCUCCGGCGAGAUUCGGAUCUGGAUUUUUCGAGCUGAUUUCUGGGAAUUUCUCGUUAUUUUCGCGAGAUGGGUGAAGACGGCGGAGGAGGCGAAUUCCCGCCAAAAAAGGAUGGUGUUGAAGAGGGUUUUCCGACGAAGAAGCCAGCAAGACAGCUUGACUUCACUGGUGGCUCUGAUGAACAAUCACUGUCUAAAGCAGCGGCUUCUACCGUCGUAGCUACGGCGGUGAAACCCGUCGUUGUUACUAGCUCCAUCCCUUCGACGAUACGGCCGGGUGUGACCAUUGCAAUCGGUCAGGUACGACCGACGUUACCAAUGGCGACGACGUCAAAUCCGCCGUCACAAUCACAAAUCCUUAACGCGCCAAUCAGGCAUCCAAAACCGGAAUCUCCAAAAGCUAGAGGUCCAAGGCCUAUUGUGGAAGGUAGAGAUGGAACUCCUCAGAAGAAGAAGCAGUGUAACUGUAAACACUCACGCUGCUUGAAACUGUACUGUGAAUGCUUUGCAUCCGGAACAUAUUGUGACGGUUGUAACUGUGUAAAUUGUUUCAACAAUGUUGAUAAUGAACCUGCAAGACGAGAAGCUGUGGAAGCAACUCUGGAGCGGAAUCCAUUUGCGUUCAGGCCUAAAAUUGCUAGCAGUCCACAUGGUGUGCGGGAUAAAAGGGAGGACAUUGGUGAAGUUGUGUUGUUAGGGAAACAUAACAAAGGAUGCCACUGCAAGAAAUCGGGAUGCCUUAAGAAGUAUUGUGAGUGCUUUCAAGCAAACAUUCUUUGUUCUGAGAACUGCAAAUGCUUGGAUUGCAAAAACUUUGAAGGAAGUGAAGAGAGACAAGCUCUGUUUCACGGUGAACAUGCCAACCACAUGGCUUAUCUUCAACAAGCAGCAAAUGCAGCCAUUACUGGAGCUGUUGGUUCCUCCGGCUUUGCUCCUUCUCCAGCACCUAAGAGAAGGAAAGGUCAAGAGAUUUUGUUCAACCAAGCAACCAAAGAUUCAUCUAGACUUGGCCAGUUUCCACAGGUAAAUAAUGGAAGAACUAGUGGACCAACCUCAGGCACAUCUCCGUCACCUGUUUCUCGUGCUGGUGGCAAUGCAUCGUCAGCUCCAUCAAAGUUUGUAUAUAGGUCCCUUUUAGCAGAUAUAAUCCAACCGCAUGAUGUGAAAGCACUUUGCUCUGUUUUAGUCGCUGUAGCCGGAGAAGCAGCAAAGACAUCAACAGAUAAAAGAAAUGAAAUAGAAAAUCGGGUGGAAGAUCAAACAGAAACUUCUUUAGCUUCUUCUGCACAAGAUCAGCCCCAAGGCAAUAACGAUGCAGCUGAUGUGGAGAUGGUUGCAACUGAUGGGAAUCAAGCUGAUAAAUCUGGACCAGAGGAAUCCAACUCAGAUGGUGCCGAUGCCUCGAAAGGGAAUCCACUAUCUCCAGCAACUUUGGCUUUGAUGUGCGACGAACAAGACACUAUCUUCAUGGUGGCAGCACCUUCACCUAAUGGUUCAGUUGACCCCGGUGGCUGCAGAACGAACUCACAGGGCCAGUCAGAGAUUUACGCAGAGCAGGAGAGAGUGGUAUUAACCAAAUUCAGAGAUUGCCUUAGUCGACUUAUCUCUUACGCAGAAAUAAAAGAAACAAAGUGUUUAUCUUUAGCAAGAAUGCACAUACAGCCACCUGCAACCGUGACUGUGAAAACCGAGAAUGGGGUUCAACAGCAAGUACCAAUUGUGAAUGGAGCUUCGCGAACCAAUUCUCAACCUACACUCAACAAACCGCAGCCUAUGCAGCUGAUAAACACAACAUCAGCAGCAGCAGCAGCAGCAGCAGCAGCAACAAACACUCAUCUUCAUAAACCUCCAGCUUUAUCCGAGAAGAAAGACCCCUGAAUCAGAUAGAUUAUACUCUACUUAGGACAGAAAAUAACUUACCAGAGAGAACAAGCUGAAAUCUGCCUCACGACUGCCCUAUUUUAUCAGGUAAUGCCACCAUAAUUUUUCUUUCUCACUGGCAGUUGUUGCGGCUUCAGCGCAUUGGCAAGUGAUUAGAGAGAGUAAUAGACACAAGCUUUUAUUGUGUCGUUAAGCUUUCUUCUCACUUUUCUCUUUCUUUUCUUAUAAAGUCUCCUCUUUAAAGCCCCUGUGGCUGUUGUAGAUUUUGGAGAGCUUUGUUUCUUUUACUACACGAGUUUUUUGUUAGUUUUUUUGUGUUCAGUAUUACUUUUUCUGUUGAUGGUUUAGCUGUGGGACAUCCUUGUUUACUGUGUCUGAUUAUGAUGAUCUGAGAUGUUUCUCAAUCAGCUUCUGUAGGAUUUGAAAGUAAUAUAUAAUAAAUCCCUAAUUUGAUA